CAGCUGCUGCACAUGGAGGUGUAGAUGUUCCAGCAGGAGCAGCAGAAGUGUGUGUGUGAGUGUGUGUGAGUGUGUGCAGCACUAGCGCUCAGCCCUGCACUCUGCACUGGAAACCCACUGAUCACUUGGGAAAGGCACAGCUCCCCUUUUACUUCUUUGCUUUUUUUUUCUAUUCUUUUCUCGGUCAAACCAACUUAAAGCAGCAGCAGAGAAUUCACCAUGGAGAAAAUGUCCAGGGUUUUACCUCUGAACCCAACUUUUAUACCUCCGACUUAUGGUGUGCUGAAAUCUCUUCUGGAAAAUCCGCUGAAAUUACCUCUGCACCACGAAGAUGCCUUCUGUAAAGAAAAAGAGAAAGAGAAGAAAUUAGAAGAUGACAAUACCACAUCCACAGUCCCACAGUCGGCCUUUUUGGGGCCAACCUUAUGGGACAAGACACUACCCUACGAUGGAGAUACCUUCCAGCUAGAGUACAUGGACCUGGAAGAGUUCCUCUCUGAAAAUGGCAUUCCUCCUAGCCAAUCCUCACAUGAACUGAGCCAUCACCAGCCAAGCCACCCACAAGCUUCUGCUACGUCACCAUCUGUCAUUGAUCUAAGCAACAGGGCGUCAACAUCUGUCUUGCCAGGCCUGGUACCUCAUAACUGCAUGCACAGCCCAGUCCGACCUGGACAAAUUUUGACAGCAAACCGUAACACCCCAAGCCCAAUUGAUCCAGAGUCCAUCCAAGUGGCAGUCGGAUAUGAACCAGACCCAGCAGACCUUGCGCUCUCCAGUAUUCCUGGCCAGGAAAUGUUUGACCCAAGGAAACGCAAGUUCUCUGAGGAGGAGCUGAAACCACAGCCUAUGAUCAAGAAAGCUCGCAAGGUCUUUAUUCCAGAUGAUCUGAAGCAGGAUGAAAAAUACUGGGCCAGGCGCAAGAAGAACAACUUGGCCGCCAAGCGAUCACGGGACGCCCGGCGACUGAAAGAGAACCAGAUUGCUAUCCGAGCCUCGUUCCUUGAGAAGGAGAAUUCUGCCUUGCGAAUGGAGGUGGCCGACUUGCGGAAAGAGCUUGGCAAAUGCAAGAAUAUUUUGGCAAAGUAUGAAGCUCGACAUGGACCCCUGUAGACAAAAAAGGCGUGUUUUAUUCAUAAGGACAAAACAGACACCUGUUCCCUGUAGCACUAAACACAAAUCAACCUAUCUGUCAUCAGCACUUUACUGGAACAGAAACAGACUUACAGUUGACAGUUUCUGUGUGUGUUACUCUGCACUUUUCCAUUUUACAAAUCGCUUUCUAAGAAGGUACCAUCUUCUGGACUAUGAAAAUAGGAAAACCAAACUCCUGUAGAUAAACCUGUUCUAGUGCUACUCUUCAAUCCAGAGCCAUCUUCACCAUGUUCCCUUUAGGUUAAUGUCAGCCAUUAUGCGAGUAAGUGGGUCUUGCUGGAAAACAUUUUCCUCACAUCACUGGUCACAUACACAAGUCUCCAGUCUUAUCAUCUAAAAUAAGAACUGUUUCAUAAUAUGUUCCUGAUUUUCUUUUUUUGGUCCAGAAUCCCCAUCUCUCACUCUGGUGGUGGGGUUUGAGAGGACCUUGACAGCUAUGAAAAUAAAUACUACGAUUAUUUUCUUAAAAAAGAAAAACAAAAUAAGAAACCUUUACACAUUAUAGAUCUGUAUAAGUAUUUCCAGGUUGCUUUUUUUUGUAUGUUAUAACUAUGUCAGCAAUAUUUCAUCAGUCAGUGCUUGUGAUUGUCCCAUCUGUGGUAAAUAACCUUCAUAUCGGCAUAACAAGGAAUGAACAGUUAUUAAUGGGAGACAUAUUUGCCCCAGUGUUGCACAUUUUAUAUUUAAAGCAAUAACGCUGUACACUUUGCAUGCAGCCGGGCUUCUGUAUCAAGAUUUCCACAACACUAAGUUAUAAUAUAUCACACGAGUGAGCAUGUAACAAUCACAAGGGGCAUAUUCUGCGCCUUCAUAGAUACUUCAGGUGCAUACAUUUGCAUGCGUUCAUUUUCACCUUGCAGAACAUUUUUUCCCCUUUGGAUUAUUUCUAAGUAAAGAAUCAGACUCAUUUCAUAUAAAUGAAGUAUUAAUAUGGAAUGAAAUGUAAACACAAAACAGAAACAUAUAUUCUUUUUGAUGAUAAGUUUUCCUGUAGUUGCCAGUAAUAACUAAAGGUUUCGGUAUAUUCCACGCCUUGUGUUGUCCUUUUAUAAGUGCAGGCAAUUUUUUGUUCCGUUUACAUAAGUGUCUUGAUGGACUUUUUAAUCUUGGUAAUUCACGUUCUUAACAGGCCCAAUCUAUGGACUUUAAAUCAGCGGUUCUCAACCUGUGGGUCAUUUGGGGGUCGAGUGUCCCUUUCACUGGGGUCGCCUAGGAGCAUUGGAAAACAGAUAUUUCCGAUGGUUUUAGGUAUAAUUUUAUGGUUGGGGGUCACCACAACAUGAGGAAUUGUAUUAAAGGGUUGCGGCAUUAGGAAGGUUGAGAACCACUGCUUUAAAUGAAUAGAUCUUCCCAUGAAAAUCCAUUCAGAAUCCCAAUUAUGAUUGGACAGGUUUAGCAAGUUGUUGUACAUUGUUGAUCAUUGACCAGUCAGAUUGGCUUGGCCACUGGCCAUUAGCCAUUCCGCUUUGUGUGAUGCAGUCAUUCAGCUCAACUUCCAUACAUUCAGUUCUGCUACACUCUAUUGCUCACUAUUUUUGUAGUAGAUUUUGCACAUUACAGCCAGCUGUAGGCAACAAAAGUCUGAAAAAUGUGGACCAGCUUUUCAAGCACUGGGAAUCAAAUUGCUGGGUUAUUAAGAGGCUUCAAAACCAGCAUGGGGGCAACAACACCACACUGAUAUUAUCAUUAAGCGGGCAUUGUUAUCAGAAUACUAUACAACUAUAUAAAUACAUGGAUUAGAAAAAGAUCACUAACAUAGUAAUAUGGAAGGGUCAGGACUUUAAGUGAGGCAGAAGCGUAUUGGGCUGGUUUGUACUAAUGUUAUUCCCCAAAACCCAGAGAAAGAGUUUUUUAGCACUGGUAUUUCAAACUCAACUUUUUCAUUGGCUAAUCCUAAAAGCUAUAUAGAAAAACAUUCCCUUUAACUCUUUGUAAAAGCUCAAUUGCAAUACUUCAAAUAUAACAGCAACGUAACAAAAGAUACAAAUAUUUUAUCAAUUUCUCUUCUAUGCUGCCACCUUAAACCAACUGUAUCGUGCCCCAGACAAUCUAAUGGUUCCCUGUUGUACCUCAUGGACCCCCAUAAUGUGAGGAUUGAGGACAGAUCUACAGUAACCUCCAAGCAUGGUUCAUUCUACACAACUCCACCUUACACAACUCCACCUUACACAACUCCACCUUACACAACUCCACCUUACUCAACUCCACCUUACACAAAAGACCUUUCCCAGAAUGUAAUGUCACCGUUUUGGGUUUAUGUCACACUUUGUACCAAAUGUUGUGUUUUCAGCUAAUUUGAAAAGUUCAAAUUCUUUUAGAUAAAAUGUGUGAUUUUUUUGUGUGUAAGCCUGGUGACUGUGGAAUAGUAAUUAUAUUUGUGUUAGAGCAAAGGAAACCCUCUGCUCCUUGUUCACUUGCAGGUAUGUUCAACAAUCGGCACAUUUGGACCAACAGCCAUAAAACAGGCUCGUUUGGUGCAUUUACAUUAUACCCAAAUUGCAUUGUACUUUCAAAUUUAUUGUUCAAACUUUUCAAGAAAGAAGGCUCCAGCACGUUAAAACGACUCCAGUUAUAUGUUAAAAUGUACACAAUUAUUUGUGAGGUAGGGAUUUAUUAAAGCAGAUAAACUGACAAACCUGGAGGGUAUCAACUGAUUAUAAUUCAUUGCUGAAAAGUCAGGGAACAUAUGUAUCUGUUUCAUAACUCAUUGCUACUGAGAACAUUCCAUUUGAAUCAGAAUUACAGGCUAAAUUUUUUAAAGUAGAUUUUAUCUAUUCCCAGAAUUCACAAAAGACCCGAUGGCAGCCAUGUUGUCACACUAUGUUGCUAAUGGUUGCUAAGGUGGCACUUCCGUUCAGGUGACUUCUGCAGAUUGUCUCAGAAUUGAAUGAAUGUAGAUUACACUGUUGUAAAAAUACUAAAGAAAGUAUUGGUGUUGUUAUGUUCUGUGUUGGAAUCAAUUGAAUUAACACUCUCUGUAGACUAUUAUAUGAGUGACAAGACUGUACUGUUUGUUUGGAGUAAUUUAUGGUUAAGGGUACAUACACGGGAUUCUGGGUAACAAUGAGAAGUCAAAAGUGUAUAUAAUAAUACUAUAAAUUCUAUAAAUAAUCACUAAUAUAUUGUACAAAAGAAGAAACUGUUCUUUUUUUAAAAAAAAAUCUGAAAUAUAUGAAGGCUGUAUAUCAUCCUUGAGGAUCUUGUCUGCUUUAAAUUAUUUCUUUAAAUAAAGGGAGUUAAUGACCCUA